ACAGUCAGCUUUAGAGACAUUAGACACUUCCAAAGUACGACUCUGCGGAAAGAGCCCUUUGAGAAUGAAGCGGGAACGUGGAGCACCUGCGAUCCCAGCGUGGGAUGACAAAACUCUAAGAGGGGUCUCAGGGUAGGGAGGAAACAGCGGGAGACAAAGAAACGGUGUAUAGCGAAAAGAGGUGAAAACAAGAAAGAGAAGCGAACAGAACGGACCAAAGAGAGAAAAAUAACAGAAGAGGCUGAGAAAAAGAAAAGUGAAGUGGAGCUCCCAAUGCCCCGCCUGCAGAAAGCGAGCUCGCGCGGAGGAGACUACAGGCCCCAGAAUCCCCUGCGGUUCCCCUUGCCGGGGGUCAGUCUCCUAGGCAACCCCGCUAAACAAGAUGGCGACCCCCAAGAGGGCUCUCCUGAGGACCAGAGCUUCCUCUCUCCUGAGAGGCUUGGGCAGAUCCCGAACUGGAGCCCGAUCGUUACAGUUUCGUUCAGAAAAAGAGCGUCAGCCUUGCUGGCCUUCUUUUCCCAUGGGGCAGAAGACGAAAGGCAGGUCUAACAUAGCCUCCUCCCACCUGCUCCAGCAGCUCAUGCACCCCGAUCAGGAGCUGGACGUGGACGGAGACGAAGACCAGAGCGAGGGCGAGGCGGGAUCCGAGGAGUCCUCAGAGUCCGAAAUGCUGAAUUUGGAGGAGGAAUUUGAUGGGGUCCUGAGAGAGGAGGCCGUGGCCGAAGCACUCCAUCACUUGGGGCGCUCAGGCUCUGGGACUGAGCAAGUCUACCUCAAUCUGACUUUGUCGGGUUGUAAUUUAAUUGAUGUUAGCAUUCUCUGUGGAUAUGUUCACCUACAGAAGUUGGAUCUUUCAGUGAAUAAAAUUGAAGAUUUAUCUUGUGUGAGUUGUAUGCCUUAUCUCCUAGAACUGAAUGCUUCUCAAAAUAAUUUGACUACAUUCUUCAAUUUCAAGCCACCCAAAAACCUCAAGAAGGCGGACUUUUCCCACAACCACAUUUCUGAAAUUUGUGAUUUGUCGGCGUAUCAUGCUCUCACUAAACUAAUCUUGGAUGGCAAUGAGAUAGAAGAAAUCAGUGGACUGGAGAUGUGCAACAAUCUAACUUACCUUAGUUUGGCCAACAACAAGAUCAUGACAAUUAAUGGCUUAAACAAGUUACCAAUCAAAAUACUUAGUCUGAGCAAUAACCAGAUUGAGACAAUCACAGGUUUGGAGGAUCUAAAAGCCCUACAGAAUCUGGAUCUGUCCCACAAUCAGAUAAGCAGCCUCCAAGGCUUAGAGAAUCAUGACCUCUUGGAAGUGAUCAACCUGGAAGAUAAUAAGAUUGCUGAGCUGAGAGAAAUAGAAUACAUCAAAAAUUUACCCAUCCUUCGAGUUCUCAAUCUUCUGAAAAAUCCAAUUCAGGAAAAGUCUGAAUAUUGGUUCUCCGUAAUUUUUAUGCUUCUGCGAUUAACAGAAUUAGAUCAGAAGAAGAUUAAAGUGGAAGAAAAGGUUUCGGCAGUGAAUAAAUAUGAUCCUCCCCCUGAAGUGCUUGCAGCUCAAGACCACCUGACCCAUGUUGUCAACAGCGUGAUGCAGCCGCAGAGGAUCUUUGACAGCACUCUUCCCAGCCUGGAUGCCCCUUAUCCCAUGCUGAUACUAGCUGGUCCUGCAGCUUGUGGGAAACGAGAACUUGCCCAUCGCCUCUGCAGACAGUUUAGCACUUACUUCAGAUACGGGGCCUGUCAUACCACAAGACCACCUUACUUUGGAGAAGGGGAUCGAGUUGAUUAUCAUUUUAUCUCUCAAGAAGUUUUCGAUGCAAUGGUAAACACGGGGAAAUUCAUUGUAACAUUUAGUUAUGGUAAUCACAAGUAUGGAUUAAAUAGGGACACCAUAGAAGCUAUCGCAAGAGAUGGUUUGGCAAGCUGUGUUCAUAUGGAAAUAGAAGGUGUAAGAAGUUUAAAAUAUUCCUAUUUUGAGCCUCGUUAUAUCCUGGUGGUACCCAUGAACAAGGAAAAAUAUGAGGGAUAUUUGCGGAGAAAAGGAUUAUUCAGUCGUGCAGAAAUUGAAUUUGCUGUCUCCAGAGUGGACCUUUAUAUUAAAAUUAAUCAUAAUUUUCCAGGAUAUUUUGAUGCAGUAAUCAAUGCAGAUGAUUUGGAUGUUGCCUACCAAAACCUGAGUCAGCUCAUUAGAGAAUACCUCGGAUUGACUAAGGAACCUGCCAAGAGUUUGGCUACAACUGCAGCAGGGGCUCCCUCUAGCAAGAAGACUCUCUCUGGGGUACCAGCACACCUGGUUCCAUCUCCCAGGCGCUUGGCAAAACUGCAAGCAGAUGGCCAGAUGACAGAGCAUCUCUCUGGAAUGCAAAUUCAUGCCAAGAACCUAGAAAAUCAGAGCCUAACUCCUGCCCAGAACCAACCGCUGGCUCAGGAUGGAGAAACCCAUCAAAAAGAGCUUUCUCCUAACAGCCAUCUCAAUCCUGAGCUCCCUCAACACCUCAGUUCAUUGGCACUGGGUCUUCCUCAGCAGGCCCAGGACCUAUCCCUAAACUCGCCGGAAGAGGAUGUCCAACAAUCAGAUCUUCCUCUAAAACAAAUAGCCACUGAGACAGAUGUCCCUGAGGUGAAAGCCAGUGAGGUGGGGCAGUCUCCCAUCACCCCUACCCUGGCGCCUCCUGCACACCCUUCCCCUCCCCUGUCCGGCGGCCCUCAGCCAGGCCAGGAUGAGGAGUCAGGGGAGGCCCAGGUAACCCCCAGUGGCCCUCCUCUGUCUGAACCUCCACAGGCACCUGGCCCCACUCCCCUCAGCCCUCAGAGAAUUCGGGAUGAGGAAAUUGAGUCAGACGAACAUCUACCCAGCAGUUCCCACCAUGAUCCUCCAAAAGAUUCUUCCCACCCUGAGGUGGUGCAGAAACUUGCUGGAGAUUCUCAGCAAGCUCUGAAGGAGGAAACCUCCAAACUGGAAGCCAUCGGGGUCACUACCCCUCCCCUAGAACUACCAUAUCCCCAAGACUUAGCAACAGAUACUAAGCAGCCCCAGGCCAGGGAAGCCCCGGCGACCUUGCUUUCUAGAAUCCGGCUGGCUCCCACUCGGCUGCCCCAGCCUCAGGUGCUGGCUCCCCUCCAGAGCAGGAGGCCCACACCCAAACUCCUAUCGCCCAGCAGGGAAGAGGCUUUAGGAACAACCUCCGAUCAAACCAUGACUCCCUCUCCCAGGCCUCCAACAACCCGGGAAGCAGACACCAGUAAACUUCCUCCCAUCAGCGCUCCGCACUCAAAACCACCACCAAAUCUGAGCCCCCAGGCAGCCCACAGUCCUCAGCAAGUCCAGGAAGAGAAGGUCAGUGCGGUGAAACUCCCUCUUAUCCGUCCCCCCAGCCAGGAGCAAGCAGCACCGCGCAUCCUCAGUCCCGCCCUGGAGGAGGCGGCUCAGAAAGUGAGGCUCCCUCGCAUUCCUGCUCCUCUCCCGGAGCCAGGGCUGCCCCAGAACUCGGGGGCUCAGCCUGAUCCAAGGCCUGCAAAGGAAAGGAAAGCUCCCCAAGCAGGCGGCUCCUCCAGGAGGAGGAUUCCAGACAUGCAGGCCUCACCCCACAACCAGGGGCCACUUCAGCAGACAGGGGCUAGGAAAAAAAAACUCCCCAUCCAGAAAAGGACGGCUGGAGGACUGGCACCUCUGGAAGAGGCACCGCCUGGGAGCCACCAGCCAGCCUCGGAGCUAGAACCCCUCCGUCAGCCAGCUCCCGCCAUGGUGCCCGACCAUCCCAACCCCAGCCCUUCUCUUGUUUCUUGUCUAAGCUAGUAUUUCAGUAUAUAACUAUUACAAACUCGGGAGAUCCAAGCAACCAGAGAAGCAACUUCCAUACACCUGAAAUUCCUGAGCCCCCCCCCCCCAUGCCCAGCCAUCACCUAGAGACCCCCAAUUACAAGAAGGUAAAAAAACAACAUAAUUCCAGAAAAAGAGCCCAUACCGACCUCCCCACAAAUGACCUGCCUCGGAAUGUAGAUGUGUCCAAACCAGGGCCAUCUUUGAAGAGAGAGAUUUUUGGAGAAUUAUCUCAAGAAAAUAAAACUCCCGUCAACGGCGAUCGGCCAGCUCAGAAAGGCCAGCCCUCACCCGGGAGACCCCUCCAGAGGGAAGAGGCCCCCGCGGAGUCGCUACAGGAUAGCUCAGCUCCUGUGGAGCAUCCAGGGAGAAAGGGACAGGUUCAUCGAAAGGGCAGGUCUCAGAGGAGAGACAUUGCCUCGCAACCCCCAGAGGAGGACAGUGAGCCCCCAACCCAGCAGCCUGUCAAAGACACACCAGCCCAUCAGGGAGAGGUCAGGCCAGAGAGAGCUCUGUCCAAAGGCACAAUGCACUUGAUUCCAAGCAGCAAACCAAAAAGAAGCAAACCUGAAAACAUGGGGCAGUGCCACAGGACAAAAGCCCCAUCCCUCCCCAGAACCAGGUGUCUGCUGUGGAGCAGGGUAGCUGGAAGGGAAGACUGAACUCCAGGGGCAGUCAUCGCACCAAGGUUUAAGCCAUCCCUGGAGCCACCAGCUCAUUAAGGUCUGGGAACCCCAAGGCAGUACUGUCAGAGAAUGACCAGCUAUGGCUGGGUGCUGUGAGUCUCCACACUGGCUUCCUCCUGAACCCAUGGUCAGCAUAGGUGGAGGGGCUGCUCAGUGCUGUCCAAACCUUGGAUUCCUAGAAGGCAGCCAAUCUGCACUCUUGGGCCUCUUCUGCUGUUGCUGUCACGCCUGGAAGAGCAGCUGUCCCAGAGGGAUGCGGCUUGAUCAGCUGCUGCCACCAAAUUCAGCUGUUCUGGAAGGCUGGUGCCAGCAAGUAGCCUUUGUGUCCAGACACGAAUCCAACCUGAGUUCCAACUCUGACUGAAGCAGGGCCAUAUUGCCAUUAAGUUUUGUUCUCUUUAUAAGGAAAAUUCACUUCUAGACUUCUAGAACAUCCUCUUAUCCCUCUUGCAUUAUUGAGGAGUUUCAAAGCAAAAGGAACUCUUGAGGCAGGAAGCCUUUGCUGUUCCUGGAGAUUCCAAACCUACAGUUAACUUGCGGGAAUCUUCUGUAGGGAAGAGGGCAUAUUUUGCAUACAUGACGCUGUGAUCAAAUGCUUCAGAUUUGUCUUGGCAAUAUGUUGCCUGAAACUUAUUUUGCUUGAAAUGUAUUUCAAAAUGAAUACCUUCCUUCUAUCUCUGAAUAGAAAUCUCAUGUAAAUUAGCCCAUGCCUUUAUUAUGCCAAACCAUCUGGUUAAAUCAAUUAAAAGAAUUAAUGGGGAGAACAUUUAAAUGAAUCAGUUGCUCAUUUAUUCAUACCAUUAGGAUUCUUUCGCUGGCAAAUGAUAGAAGUGCAUUCUAAGCCAGCUUGUGUGACUCUUAUUAGAAGGGAGUAGAAGAUUUCUAUGACCAAACUAUGGGAAGGGCAGGGCUACAGCAGGUCUCAGAGAGACUGGGGGCCAGUUGUGGAACAUAACCAGGACUCUAGUCAUCUCCUGGACUCUGGUCUAGGACUCUCACCACUUCUCAUCUCUGUUUCUUUCUCCAUGUUGGCUUCAUUCUUUGGACUACAAAUGACUCUUUCAGUUUCUGCACAUGUCGGGGAACAAGGCCACCAGCAGCUCUCAAGCCCACAUCUGAUUUUACCUCUGGAAGCUCCCACUACUGUAAAGGGAUUAAUUUGAAUGAAUGUUCAUUAACCCUAAUCCAGAGAAAAUCUUGUUGGCCUAGCUUGGUUUAGGCACUCGUUCUCAAACCAAUCUACUCUGGCAGGGACCAGGGUUACCUUUAGACAUACCUAUUGAACCAACUCCUAUGUAUGGACACUCUACUCCACCCAAAAAGAAGAUAAUUGUGACCAAAACAGACAACCCAAGAUGUGACUCUUAAAAAGCUACAGGAUAUCUAUUGACCACUUACUGUGUACACAGCAGCAUGCUAAACUGUGUUUGGUAUCUCAUAUUUAAAAAUGUAACUGAUGAUUAAAUGCCUUUGUAAAUGUAUGUUAUCUUACACAAAAGAGAGGUAUCUGAGAAACUGUGAAUUUCAAAUGUUAUUUCAAGGGCAGUAAAAGAAAUUGAUAUUUUAGAAAUCCAGGAUAUGGAAAUCCUCUGGCAAAAUGAAAAGCAUAUAUAAUGCCAGUAAUUACCCUCUGAUUUAUCUGAUUUGUCCAUGAUAAAAAUAAUACAGUAACUGUAGAAAACAUAUCAUUUAUUUCAUUUAUUUAUUUUUACUAAAAGUGUGUUCAUUUUUACUAAAAGUUCAUUCAUCCAACAAGCAUUUAUUGAGCACACCCUAUGUGCCAGACAGUGAUGGUUGCUAGAUAAGGUGAGGUGAUGAGGAUACUUCAAGAAGCUUUGUCUUUUAUCAAGGGAGAUAGAUAAGAGGGUUCAUUAUAUUAAUAACGCCAUGUGAUUAGGGCAACUGAAGGCCCCACAGUGUGCUAGGCUAUAUUUUGCAUCCUACAGACAGGAAAAUCCAUUUGUUAACUUUUCCAGACUGUCAUAGGAAUACCAAGGAAGGACACUGAAUUUGGCCUGGGAUACAAAUAUGGGAUCAGGAAACACUUCGAAGAGAAGGUCAGCCUUUGGCUUAGUCUUUGCGGUUGCAGAAUUAGUCAGCAGACUGAUGGGGAGAGGAAGUUUUCUUAGCAGAAGGAACCACGUAUGCCUAAGCAGAGGCACGCACAGGCAUAGCAUCUUCUAAGGACCCGAAUGCCAGGAGAGGUGUAGGUCUAUAUAGAUCCAAAGUCCCUUUUGUGCUACGCCAAAGAGCUUGGAAACUUGAUCUUUAACAAUGGGAGCCACUGAAUUUGUAUCUGAGAGGCAUCUGUCUGGAGGGAGUAUAGAGGAUGAAUUUGAGGAGAGCAAUACAGGAAGCAGGAGGAGUGGCAGGGAGGUUACUGCUGUAGUCCAGAAAAGAAGUUAGGCCUGAAACAAGGCUGUGGGGCAGGAAUUGUCAAAUUAGGUAAAUAUUUAGCUUGGAUGUCGGGGAGGGCAGAUUGUACAAGAGAGGAAGAAAAUUAAGAUAAUUACUCAUUUUCUAUGAGGUGGGUGUGCGGCACUUCAGAGUUGUCCAUGUCUCAUUUAGGUGAAGAAUUUCCAAAUUUAAAAUUACUUUUAGAAAUGUAUAAUUUUCCUCUUUGGGCGCCUGUUUCUGAGGCUCCCGAAGGCAUUUGUGGUUGCAUUUCCAUUAGGGUACAAAAGGGAAGUGAUAAGCCAAAUUUUUGUUAUCACUUCUUUGUGUUUCUGUUAUUGUUUUGGUAGUAUACAUUCCUAAUGUCUUAGACUCAGUGGAACUGGACAACAUUUUGUUUGUGAUCGGAGGAAAGGAGUGGAAAAGAGUAUCAACAAGAGGUCUUUAGUGCUAUUAUUGAUUUUCUUGGUAUAAGGGAAACCUCUGAUUUUUACACAUAGAAUAACAAUGUUUAAAAUUUGCCAUUUUCCAUCUAUAUUUGCCAAGUUCCUAUCAUUCCCAUUUGAUAUGUUGCUCAGCAAGGUGAUCUUUAUAGGCGCAAAAAAACAUUGUGGCUUAUAGUUACUACGUUAGUAAUACCAUCUUUAACUCCUUUAAAGAAGACCGGCACCUAAUAUUCAAAUCAGUGGAGAUAAUAGUGCCUCUUGGCAUGAAAGCCUUCCUCAAAUAUUUAAAGAGCUAAAUCAGUUAUUUCCAAAACCUCAAAAGAUAAUUGAACAAAGGGCAUGAUUGGGAAAUUCACAGAAGAGGAAAUAAAAAUGUCCAAUAGAUAUGUCAAAACGUAUUUAAUCUCAUUAUAAGUUAAAACAGGAUAGACUUUUUUUUUUGUACUGAAUUGGCAGAUGAAAAACAACUUAAUGUCUACUGUUGGCGAGGCUGUGGGUAAAGGCACUUUCUAUGUCUCAGGAGAAAAAGUCAAUUGGCACAAUUUUUCUGGGACACGUUUUACAAUUUUCUGUCAAAGCCUUAAUAUUUUGUAUAUCUUCAGUCUAGUAAUGCGAAUCUGACGAUUAUUGUAAGGAAAUCGCUUAUGUGCAAGGGUGUUCAUAUUAGUGUUUUUUUAUGAUAAAAUCUAGAAAUAAUCUAGCUAUCUAAUGGGAUUUUAGAAAUAAGUUAUGGUAUAACUAUAUGCUGGAAUGUUAUGCUGUCAUUAUAAUCAUGUAGUAGAAGAAUAUUUAAUUGGAGGAAACUAUUUAUUGCAUAGUAAGUAGAAAGCAGGUUAUGGAGGUAGAGCCAGGAUGGCUCUAGUUAUUAGCUCUGGAUUAUGGAUUCUGCAUAAUUUUUAUUUUCCCAUCUAUGCUUCUUAGUAUUUUUUUAGAAUUUUUUUACCAUGACCUAUGUUUAUUCAGAAAAAGUUAUAUAGAAUUAAAUUUAAACACACACACAGACACACACACACACACACACACACUUUGAAGAGCUGUCAUGCGAAAGCAAUAGCCUUACAUUCUGUUUUGAUUUGACAUCAUGAACUUUCUAAGAGUUAGAGGUGAUUUGCAGAGGAACAGACUGACUUGCUCCGGAAGUUAGAUGCUCUGUUACGGGAAUCUUACAGAAAGUCUUCAUAUGUUGGGUGAUUAGUUGGACUGGCUAAAAUGUAAGGUUCAUUUUAUGAUCUAAGAUCCACUUACUGCAACUGACUCCAUUUGUUUGUUAUGAGGAAUCCUGUUUUAUUAAAUGUAGUGCUUAGUACUAGAAAAUUACAUGUGCUUAGUACUCCUUAGAUACGUGGCUUUCAAAGUUUUAUUGACCAAGAUCCAUAAUUAGAAGUAUACAUGUUACAAUAUCGUGACCCAGUAAACACAUACAUACCUGGCAAAAAAAAAAAAAAAUGUGUCAUAAAACACCCUUACUAUGGUGAUAGAUGACUGAUAUUUUCUAUGGUGCUGAAUUUCAAUUUUUAAUAUUCUGGUCGUGGCCUCCUAAAUUGAUUUCACAAUUUUGUUUGCAGCCUGCAGUUUGGAAAACACUGCACUGAGUGCCCUAGAGCUUUGCUUUGAUGUUGUCCUUACUUGGAGGCCUGUUACCAGACUGCCCCCCUGCUCUGGUUGCCUUCAAGUGAGGUUGGAUGGGUUGACAUCAUUUAUACUGAAUUCUGCUCUGGGACAAAGAUCUGGUGUAUUGGCAGUUAUGUUCUUUUUCAGUGUUGGGGCUCAGGAUAAGAUACAUCCAAAAUUCAUAUGCAUACAUUUUAUAUAGAGCUUUUUUUAAAAAAAAAAAAAAGCACUUCAGAACAAUCUUGAUCAGCUUACUUCCUUGCCUUUUGCUCCAUGACAAGUCUGAAAAUCAUCUUAUUACCAUAAAAGAUCCACCAAUUUCCACUUCAGAUAAUUGCACUAUUUAUAUAGUAUGUAGCACAGUGUGUCUGUAAAUGAAUUUAAUUGCGUAGUCCAAUUUGAAAGACAUAAUUCUAGAAAUCACUUUUCUGUAUUGACCAGGCAUUCAGAGAAGAGAAUAAGAACGGCCUAACCAUUUCUGUGUUGAUGACAGAUAAAUGGUGUUACAAGAUCAAACCUCUAAUCUUAAAACUGAUUAUGAGAGUGCAGUCAUGAUUUGCAAAAGCUGAAGACCUUUUAUUACAGAUUGUAACCUUAGAAAUUCAUGAUUGCAGAUAACACUAAAAUUCAAAAUAAUCCUUGAAAAUUCCAGUUGCAUUACAAGCUAGCCAUGUGACCUUGGGCAAGUUUCAGAAUUCUCAUGUAUAAAAUGGAGGUAAUAAUAGUACCUACCUCAGUGUUUUUAGGGGGAUUAAAUGAGUUAGUAUACUGGAAACCACCCAGAACAAUAUCUAGCUCACAGUAAGUGCUUCUAUGAGUAGCGUGUGUUCAUAUUAAUAUGAAAGCAGCAAAAAUGUUUGCAUUUCCUGUUCAUUGAAAGAUGACGACACUGUUCAAGCUGGGUGGAAAUAUUUGGUAAAUGAGAUGGUCUUUGUGGAAAUACUUUUUUAAAAAUGUGACAACCUUGAUUUAAUUUAGGAACGUAAGAUUAGAGUAAUAUUGGAAAGAAAUUGUAGUUGAGCAAAAUAUUACGAAGACCAAGAGGUUUGUCAAUGGGUAUUCAUAGGGAGCAUUGCAGUUUGGAGAAGUGAGUAGGGAAACAUCAGUUCUGAGAUUAUUAUGAAUGUCCAUGUGAUCCACACAUGAAAGACCUGUAGUAAUACCUGGCACAUAGUACAUGCUCAAUAAAUGCUAUCUAUUAUUUUUACUAUGAUUUCAUUAUUGAUAAAAUCAAGAUCAUUUAUAUUCUGGGUUUCAGAUUUGUUAGAUAGUGAAUGCUGUCAAGUCACUGGUCCAGAUAGUAGAUAUUUUAUUUUCUCUUUGAGACUCAGUUGAGACAAAGACCAGCUUCUACAAUUACCAGAUCUAUACCCCCUCAUUGUCCUAGGAUAAAAAUAGAAAAGCAAAGUGAAGAAAGACAGAGAAUGUUUUUGCUGGAGAAAGUGACCAAUGAAGUAACAUCUUUGAAAAAGAUGUUAUUCUUGAAGGAUAAGCCCUUAGCAAUCAAAGAUCAUGCUUAGGGUGUGGGAUUGGGUGGAAAUCCCAUCAGAAAUACAGUUAUUUGAACAUGUUAGUAGAAGGAAAGGAAGUCUUUAGUGUAUAUUGAAGCUUCCUGAUGAUGUAUAUUCUGUUUUCUGCCAAUCAUUGCUACCCUUUUCCUCUUUUCUUUCCCAAAUUCUUCUAUAUUAAUGCAGAUCGUAUAUAGCAAGUUUUCACUCUUGAAAUUUACCUGUUCUAUGUGUUUUAUCUUCUUUAAAGUGUCAACUAACUACUUCAUUAUAUACUAUCCUUUUUUUUUUUUUUUUUUUUUUUUUUGGAAUUCUGGGCCUUAUUGCUCUAUGUUUUAAUUGGAACAUUCUUGAUGCAAGGCCCAAAUAUUGACCCAUUAGUUCACCUCCACUGAAGACAUUACAAUGUAUGAAGUUUACUGGAAAAGAACAUUUUUGUACUUUAUUUGCUCUUAUGAAUGUAAAUGUGUGUGUUUUCCUUUUUCUUGAUAUAGAAGUUGUUUUUGUUUAAUUAUUUCUUUGAUUAGACACUCAAGAAUAUAGCACUUCACUGUUAGCAUAGUUUAAUAAAUGUAUUCACUUUACCUUAUGUAACAUGACUACAACAUUAGUACUGUAUUUCCUUGGACUUAUGUUAUUUUUCUACUCUAAAAGUUUAUUUUGCUAUGGAAAAUUAUGGAUACUAUGCAAAAUUAUUAUUUUUCUAGUUGAUAUUAUUCUUUUCUUAGAAGCACAGAUAGACAAGACUUUUAAGAUGUAAUUCUGUCCUAGAAAAAUAGCUUCUUUUGCCACCUUUAGUUUUGUGAUAGCACUUCCUAAUAAACUAAACUUUUGUCUUAAUUUUCCACUACAAAUUAUCUAUCAUAUUAAAAAUAUUUAAAAUUCGAUAGCAGAUUAUUGUGUUUUCUUUUAAGCUCUUUUUUGUGAUUACAUAUUUCAGUAUCAAGACUUAUAGAGAUUUUAACUUUACAGGUAUUUACAUCAUAUGUAUAUAUGCAUUUAAUCAUUGUAGGUAUGAAUUAUUCUUGUUAGUUUUCCUUUUUUUUUAAAAAAAAAAAGAAAAACCCUU